AUAUGUUUCGACUUUCUUGCUAUCAAAAUUUUAAUGAAAAUCCAAUUAAUAUUAUUUACAAUAAUCUCAUUUGUAUCAUGUAUCAGAGAUAAGCGUGUGAUCACUAGAUUCCUGGAGUCGAGUUAUGGCGUCCAGCCCGUAGUCGUGAACGGAGACCCGGCAACUGCCGGACAAAUACCAUACUUCGCAUCAAUCAAAGAAGCAUUACGUUGGUAUAAGAUGAACAGCGCAUUAUGGAAAAGCUUCUGUGGUAGUACCAUUAUCGCUGCCAACAAAGUAUUAACCGCUGCACAUUGCUUCGAAGUUAACAAUUAUAAAUAUUACCAAAACCCACAUCUUCUCCGUGUAGUCGCCGGCAGUAUUAGGAACUACAUGAUGCAUUCAGGCGAAGAAGAAACAAGCAAUUACAACCAAUGGCGUAGAAUAAAAAAAGUCAUUAUCCACGCAUCAUUUAAAUUUCCAGCGAACGAUAUUGCUUUAGUAUUCGUUAAUAAUUUUACUUUCACACCUUUCGUGACAUAUGCAACACCAGCCACAGCUGAUAUGGAUUACGCUAGACUAUGUAUGGCCGCAGGGUUCGGGAAGACUGGUCAUGAUAUGUCAAACGAAGCGUCCCACGUGUUAUUAGUUGCUAAAAUCGAUUUAUUAUCUAAAUGGAUGUGUUCUAACCGCUGGUUAUCAGAUAUGAGUAAUUUCAUUUGUUCCGAUGCGCAGUCGGCAGAUGUCGCUAGAGGUGAUUCGGGAGGGCCUCUAGUCUGCAAAGGGACCUUGGAUCCUGCGGAGAGAUCGGAUAGGGACCUUCUAGUGGGGAUAGUCAGCGGUAAAGACGUGGAUAGGACUACAAUAUAUACCCGAGUAUCUGCUUAUAAAGACUGGAUAGAAAGAGGCAACAGUCAUCGAUUGAAAACUAACAUUUUUCUUAUAAUUACAAGUUUUCUUACACUAUAUGUAUUAUUUUUGUUUCCAAAGCCUACUUGA